AUGCAGAACGUGACGUCGCAGCGACAUGACUUCGUGACCAAGUGUCUGCCUGAGGCCGAACGGCAGCGGGCCACCGGGCCGGCGGAGACCAUAGGCACCAAUUGCGGCAGCGGCGCGUGCGCAAUGACGGGCAAGACCACCACGGCCGACGCGUUCGGGAUCCCGUGUACGAACGGACGACGGCCACUGGCGCGGCCGUGCACCGCCACCUGGUCGCAGGGCCCAAACUUACUGAUGGCCAAAGAGACGGAAACCAGUUCGAGUUACCAGCAGUGGGGCCCGCUGGCGUUGUCCCGGCCACGGUCGCUGGCCGCGUACUGCCGGUCGGGAGAGCCGGUAAACGGCCGCACCGUGUACACAGUCAGUUACCGGCCACCCGGCUCGUUCCGCGACCCGUUGCCCGGCGAACAGCCCCCGGCCAACGGGUACGGGAACAACGAUAAGUCCGCGGACGAGGCUGACACUAGCCGACCGUGUUACCCCAGAGCGCACGAUUACAAUUUGUAUAGGUUAUUGUAA